AACCGAGGCUCGUGGAGUGCGCCGUUCCGCUUCCUAACAGGGCCGCACUCUGGAUAUGUACGGCGGUUGUCCCUUCUGUUCAGCGUGGCAUCUUCCUCGGGGACUGGCCGUGGGACCUUCGUUGUCCUCGGAGAAGAGUCUGGGAGUAAGGUGUGUGGGACACGCUCUGCAGCCGGGAAUGUCUCUGCUUCUUGGGCCGCAGGUCGAAGAACGCAAGGCGGCCACUUCCUUGUCGGCAUGUCCAUUGCCCAACUGGAAAGAGGCAUCUGCUUGCAAUGGGAUAUCCAGCUGGAGGAGCCUAGUGAAGCAAAGCUGUGUUGAAGAUGAAGCCAAUGUAACGUUAGAAUGGAUCAACGGGGAAUUGCACAUCAAAGUCUGCUGUCCUGUGGAUGUGGGCAGUGAACUGCUAUGCUGGCUAACUAAAUCAGCAGUCAGUCCUACUUGUCUGAAAAAUAAUAUUCUAGCACAUACUUCAGAUGGGGAACUUGAUACAGACAAGAAAACACUGCAAAAAAUGCCAGUAAUAACCACAGCCAAGACCACAGAUUUAGAAGAGGACACUUUGAUGCAAAAAGAUGAUAUUAUCCAGGAUUCUUCUGCAGGUAUUCCUGGUAUUUCCAAAUUUGCAGAGCUGAAAGACAAAGCCCGUUGUGUUUUUAUGUUAAAUAAGAAGCUACAGAUGGAACAGAUUCUUGGAUUAGAUGUCAAUCUAAGAAAAAGCAGUAGAACGUCCUCCUUGCAAGUUGAACAGUGGGAUACCAAAAUUAAGAGUAGAAAUAAUAAACUUUUUAACAGAUAUCCUGUUUCCAAGGAUCAUGAAGGCAAAGAAGAUUCUCAGGAAGAGCAGAUGGCUGAGAUAAAGCCAAAUGCAACAUUGGCUGAAACCUGUUCAAACCCACCACCAUGCAGUACAGUUUGCAUCAGUGCCAUUUUGGCUGAUAAUGUAGAGACAUUAAGGAAAGAAUCUGGUACCAAAAGAAUCUCGAAUGGUUAUCUUCCAAGUACACCCAAAGACAGGGCAGAGAAUCCUGGACAAGAGGAGCAGUCACAUAGAUACAAGCUUGAUGAUUCAGCUCACACAGAACCAAGCACUAAAAGACGACACAGGUGUAAAGAGUGUGGGAAAGCCUUCCUUCAGCUUUGCCACCUGAAAAAACAUCAUUUUGUGCACACUGAUCACAAACCAUUCUUGUGCACAGAAUGUGGCAAAAGCUAUAGUUCAGAAGAGAGUUUCAGAGCACAUAUGCUGGGCCACAGCGGGGUACGUCCUUUUCCCUGCCCACAAUGUCACAAAACAUACGGCACCAAGCGUGAUCUUCAAGAACAUCAGGUACUGCAUACAGGCCAGCGUCCCUAUAUCUGUCCAGAUUGUGGAAAAUCAUUUGCCCGGCGGCCUUCCCUUCGUAUCCAUCACAAGACACAUCAAGUUAAACAGCGAAGCUCUAUCUCUUCUGCCUACCAGUGUGUGUUAUGUGGACAGCACCUGGCCAAUUCAGGAUCACUGCGGAACCACAUGCGCCUGCACACAGGGGAACGUCCUUAUACUUGCCCCUACUGUUCCAAGUCAUUCCGUCAGCAAGGCAAUCUACGGGGGCAUCUUAGGUUACAUACAGGGGAGCGUCCUUACCGUUGCCAUUUCUGUGUAGACGCCUUCCCACAGCAUCCUGAGCUGCACCGUCAUCUGAUUUCUCACACAGUUCUUCUGCGUUUAGCAGCAUCCAAGAUGGGGCAGAACAAAACCAGAAUGCUGAGGACUCUCCUCUUUGCCGCCUUCUUUCACCUCACCCUGGGCAACAGCGUUUUUCUUGAGCAAAAGGAAGCUGUUUCAUUGCUGAGGCGCACAAAGCGAGCUAACAGGGGGUUCAUGGAAGAGUUACGUAAAGGUAAUCUAGAACGGGAGUGUCUAGAGGAAGUCUGUGUCUAUGAGGAGGCCUAUGAAGCCCUUGAGUCCAGCAUCCAAACAGAUAUAUUCUGGGCAAAGUAUUCAGCUUGUAAACCCCUACUGAAAAAGAGAGCAACUCUGGAUGAGUGUUUGAAAGGUUCCUGUGCCGUAGGAACAGGACAGAAUUACAAGGGAAAGAUUUCUGUCACCAAAUCAGGAACUGAAUGUCAGUUCUGGUCCAGCAAAUUUCCUCACAAACCUCAGUUCAAUGAUACAACUCAUCCAGAAGCCAUCCUCACUGAAAACUACUGUAGGAACCCCAACAACCACUCUCAAGGACCCUGGUGCUACACCCGUAAUCCAGCAGUACGAGUAGAAGAGUGUGCUAUUCCUGUGUGUGGUGAGAACCGGACAACAGUUCCCAUCUCUCCAGCACUUCCUCCUUUGCCAGAUCAAACACGACAGCGGGAGGAAUGUGUAUCUGAGGAAGGAUUGCUUUAUACAGGGACUCUUUCUGUCACAGUGUCUGGAGACCAGUGCUUACCAUGGGCUUCAGAAAAAGUAAGACAGUUGAGCUCUAGAAAAAACUUCCUGGAAGGAGUGCCCCUGGUGGAGAACUAUUGCCGCAACCCUGAUCAUGAUGAGGAAGGGGUCUGGUGCUACGUAGACCACCCAAACAUGACCUACAAUUAUUGCAACUUGAACUACUGUGAAAACAAUCUAAGUUAUGCCGAUGAUGUUGCUGAGGAAGAAAUAGGAGGACGAACUACUAUCCAGCAACAUGAAACUUUCUUUGAUCCUAAGACAUUUGGUGCAGGCGAAGCAGAUUGUGGCAUCCGUCCCCUGUUUGAGAAAAAGAAAAUCUCUGACCCCACUGAGAAUGAGCUACUGGAGUCCUAUUUGCAAGGCCGAAUUGUGAAGGGGGUAGAUGCUGAAGUGGGCAGCGCUCCUUGGCAAGUCAUGCUAUUCAAGAAGAAACCACAGGAGCUGGUAUGUGGUGCUAGUCUCAUCAGCAAUCGCUGGGUCCUCACUGCUGCGCAUUGCAUUUUCUAUCCACCCUGGGAUAAAAAUUACACAACUGAUGACCUCCUUGUACGGCUUGGCAAACAUAACAGGAUACGAUAUGAGCAGGGCAAGGAGAAAAUUCUCUUCCUGGAUAAAAUCAUCAUCCACCCCAAAUAUAACUGGAUGGAAAAUCUGGAUCGGGACAUUGCGCUAUUACGUCUGGCUAAGCCUGUACCUUUCAGUGAUUAUGUACACCCAAUAUGUCUGCCUACCAAGCAGGUUAUUCAGAGCCUAUUGCUAACAGGAUAUAAAGGCCGUGUUACUGGUUGGGGUAAUCUGUUUGACACCUGGGGUGCAGGAUCACGACAAUUGCCUAGCGUGCUGCAAGAGGUGAACCUCCCUAUUGUGAGACGGGAAGUCUGUAAGGCAUCCACUAAUAUUAAAGUCACAGACAACAUGUUCUGUGCAGGUUAUAGUCCUGAAGAAAGCAAGAGAGGAGACGCUUGUGAGGGUGACAGUGGGGGCCCUUUUGUCAUGAAGCAUCCAACAGAAGAACGGUGGUAUCAAGUAGGUAUUGUCUCCUGGGGAGAAGGUUGUGAUCGUGAUGGCAAAUAUGGAUUCUACACCCAUCUGUUCCGUCUGAAGAAAUGGUUGCAAAAGACUACUGAGAAACAUGGCAGUUAAAUAGGAAUCAAAAUCUGCAUUUGCACCUUGGUUUACAGAUAUAGAAUAAUCAAACAGUACAGUACUAAAAGCCUAUGAAUGGAAAUAAACCGGAGUCAUCCCUGAAUAAAGAUUUUUAGAUAAAAC